AUGGAGGGGGGGCCGUUAGAAACGGGUCCUGCCCCAACCGCCGCCGUGAGGAGCCAUGCAGGUGAGAGUGAGAGCGGGGGCCUGAGGGAAGGCGGGGGAGACGGGGAGCCGCCGGGCGGGCAGGGCGGGACAGAGCGGGGGAGCGCUGUGAGGCGGGCGGCCUGCGCUGUGUUCCCAUGGAGGGGGGCUCUCAUUGCCCAACCUGGGAUCUUUUGUACCCUCACUGUGCAGCAGUCAAAACUCGUAUUUGAUGAAGGAUUGAAAGCUUGCAGUGAGACUGUCUGCCAUGAGUCAGCCAGAGGAGCACAGGUGAAGGCAAUUCACCUGUGCUGCCGGAAGGAGUGGAGCCUGGCUCCACCUCUCCUAGACCUAUUUAAGAGCUGGCUACUAGUGGGGAAGGAUCUUGUCUGGAGAUCCCCUCUUCUGGUGUUUUUUUUUCUAGGUGAGCCUAGCAUACGAGACCCAAAUGAAGAUACCGAAUGGAAUGAUGUAUUAAGAAAGUUUGGAAUUCUUCCUCCAAAAGAAGAGCCAAAAGAUGAAUCUGAAGAAAUGGUUAUACGCUUGCAAAAAGAAGAAGAAGUGAAACCAUAUGAAAGAAUGAGUCUUGAAGAAUUAAAAGAGGCUGAAGAUGACUUUGAUGAGGCUGAUAGGAAGGCUAUUGAGAUGUACAGGCAGCAGCGCUUGCAAGAAUGGAAACGUCUUCAGAGGAGGCAAAAGUAUGGGGAGCUGAGAGAAAUCAGUGGAGAGCAGUAUGUUAAAGAAGUUACAAAUGCUCCUGAGGAUGUUUGGGUCAUAAUUCAUCUUUAUCGGCCCAGCAUCCCAAUGUGCCUACUAGUCAAUGAACAUCUCAGCCAGUUGGCCAGAAAGUUUUCGGAAGCCAAGUUUGUCAAAGCCUCUGUGAACAGCUGCAUCCACAGUUACCAUGACAGGUGCUUACCCACAAUACUUGUAUACAAAACUGGGGAAAUAAAAGCCAGGUUCAUCGGGGCAGCUGAAUGUGGCGGGAUGUAUCUUAAAGUGGAAGAGCUUGAAUGGAAGCUAGCAGAAGUUGGAGCAAUUGAAAGUGACUUGGAAGAAAACCCCAAAAAGGACAUUAUAAAUAUGAUGACAUUAUCAAUGCAAAACAUUUCUGUUCAUGAAAACAUCAAUAUAAAAAGCAGUGAUGUACUGAAACCACAAAUUACUUGAGGAUGAGUUUUCCAUGUGGGUAACCUGUUCAGACUCAAACUAGCACAAAAGUAGCUUUCUAUUGCUUUUGAAAGUCUCAAACAAUAAAAAGGGUGUUUGUUUCACUUGU